AUGGUUCCCACGGGAUUAAUCUUCCUCUUGACUGCCGGCUGCGUGUCCUUGGCCUCCGCAGGUUUUGGCUUUGGCUUCGGCGGUGGAAGCAUUGGACUUGGUGGCAAUGGAGGUGACUCCAACGUGCAAGGAAGUCUGCCUGGCCUGAGUUUGGGUGGUAGCUACAACGGCGCAGGAUCCAAUGAAGCAUCCAUUGGACUUGGAGGCCUUUCGGCUGGCGGCACGCACUCUUCGGCAUCUGCCGGAUCAUUGGUGAAACAAGCAGCCAACGGACUGCUGGGUGUGGCAGGAACUGGUGUGAAUGCUGUAACUUCUACAGGAUCCACUGCGGCCUCUCUGGGUGCCAAGGGGGCCUCUUUGGGAGCUCAGGCGGUAGAUAAGGUUGCCAGCGGGCUCGUUGGGGCUGCCACAUCAGGAGCUGGAACUGGAUCGAACCAUGCCGGUCAUUUAAGCAUUGGUUCGACGGGAAAUUCCAACUCUGGAGCUGGCCACUUGAGCCUUGAAACCUCCGGAGCCACCAAUUCCAACUACGCCUCUCUAGGAGCGGGACAUUUGAGUAUCGGAGCGAAGGGAAAUACGGGAGCCAGCUCCUUGCAUUCCAAUACUGGAUCAGCUUCUAUUGGUGCUGGUCAUCUGCACAUUGGAACCUCUGGAACAACGAGCUCCACUACGGGCUCUAGUGGAUCCAAUAUCAAUGCUGGUCAUUUGAGCAUUGGAACAACUGGUUCCAGCGCUUUGCAUUCCCAUUCCGGCUCAGCUUCACACUCUGCGAAGAUCAGUGCAGGACAUGACAGCAUUGGAUCUUCAUCUACUGGCUCUGGCUCAGCUGCCCUGCAAGCUGGCUCUGCCAAGAUUACUGCCGGAUCCUCGGGAAGUAAGGUGACUGGCUCAUUAGCUACUGAAUCUCAUGGCCAUGCUGGCCACCUAAAUAUUGAAGCCACUGGAGCUAGUUCCAUGCACACCAGCUCUUCUUAUCACAAAACAGGAUCUUCCAAAUUCACAGCUGGUCAUGUGCACUAUGAGUCCUCUGGCAGUACGUUUUCCGGUGCAUCAAAAACCGGUUCCGGAUCUGCAUCCAUUGGAUCAGGAUCUGGAGGACUUUUGAGUACUGGUGGAUCCACUGGUUCCGGAUCUGCAUCCCUUGGUGGGUCAGCCCAGAUCAAGGCGGAGCACUCCAAAAUAGCUUCAACUGGAGCUGGUGCCUCGAAAACUGGUUCCAGCUCGGCCUCCCAGGAGACAGGCUCUGCUAAGAUCAGUGCUGGACAUUCGAAUAUUAAAGCUUCUGAAACUAGUGGAUCCAGCACAUUGCACACAGGCUCCGGCGCUGCAUCCCUUGGAGUCGGACACCUGAAUAUCAAGACUUCCUCUACUGGAGCCACCAAUUCCGGCGCCACCACUUCCGGAGCAUCGCACUCAGCACAUUUAAAUAUUGGCAACUCGGGUUCCACUACCUCUGGUUCUUCGGCGGGAUCUUCGGGAUCGGCGUCUCUCGGCGUGGGACAUCUGAAUAUUGAAUCUUCUGGUUCCAAGGACUCCAGUUCCUCUGCCGGAUCUGGUCAUCUGAGCAUUGGUUCAACGGGAUCUACUGCAGGAUCUCAUAAGAUCAGCGCCGGACAUAUGAGCAUCGAAUCUUCUGGAAACACCGGUGUCGGAUCACUAGGCUUGGCAGUAGCCCACCAAGCUACCUCUGUGACCCAUGGAGUGGCCAGCGGAUUAUUGGGAGCUUCUGGAUCUGGUGCAUCUGGCCAUACAGGUGCCGGAUCUUUGGGCUUGGCUGGAGCCCACGAGGCUGCAUCUGUGACCCACGGAGUGGCCAGCGGAUUAUUGGGAGCGGCUGCAGCAGGUGCCUCCGCCUUGUCACCGGUUUCUCAGGGUAGUUCUGGAACCCUUUCGCUGGGAGGCUCUUCGGCUACCCUAAUAGCUAACGAUGGUUCUCUUUCCCUUGGUGGAUCCAAUGGUUAUCACAAGGGUAGUGUAAGUCUAGGAGGAAAUGGCUUGAACCUUGGCGGCAAUCUAGGCGGAAAUUCCGGAAGCGCCGGUCUGGGACUAGGCGGUGCUCACCUUGGGGGCUCCAUUAACCGAGGAGCAGGACUAUUCCUUGGUUAGAUCAGAUUUAAGAUAAAUGUAUAUGAUCGUUUAACUCAAGAGUAUUCUAAAUUAAAAAUCUAACCCUACAGCUGAUGAAAAAUGUCUUGAUAAUACAGGCAUAAAAUAUAUAUUACCAUAUUGUUACCUAACAUCUCAGCAAAAAAUGAAUGAAUUAUAAAUCAAUAUAAACAAAAACAAUAAAGAAUAGUUUACACAAUGUAUAGUUUUAAUUAUUGGAAUCGGAAAUGCUUCAACUUGCCUGAAUGCACUUAAAUUCUUCAUAAACCUGCUACAGAAAUUAAAACUUGGAAUAUUUAAUAGAACUAUUAAUGCUUUAUUACCAACCGAAAUUAAUUUACCAAAUAAAUCGUUACAAUGUU